AUGAUUAGGGUGACGAGAGUUGGUGAUGAGGCCAUUCAAGCUGAGCCAGACUUAACCGAGCCACAACUACAAGAUGUUAAAAUACCAUUCAUUCAUGAAGGCUCAAUAACAAGACAAAGAGCUAAGAUUCUUCAACACAAGUACAACCAGAGCAUGCUACAAGCAAUGUCUCAAGUGGAUCAAGAUAGGCCUAGAGAAGACCAUGAGCAAGUGGAUCCGCAUAAUGAAGCCAUCAACAACAAGCUUGGACCGGACUACUUGAAGAAUGCCAAGAUACUUAGCUGUGUGGAGCAAGCACCGAGGGUAACUCUACAGCCAACUUACAACAUUGGAGGAUUAGGAACCGGCCUCAACACCACUCAGAACACCGGAACCAACCCAAGGCACAACGGAGUGCACAUCAACAAGCCACACAAUUCACCACUGACCGAAGAUGACCCUUCUCAAGAUGAAGAGCCAAACCCUAGACGUCAAAUAAACCGCGGGCAAAGGCGACGUGUGCCACAAGACGACUAUGGAGAUACCGAUGAUGAAGAGUAUACACCUUACUCUAGACAGAACCAGAACCACAUCAAGCUGACCGCACCAAACUUUGCUGGAAAAGUUGAUCCGAAGGCUUAUCUAGAUUGGGAGAAGAGGAUGGAUCACAUCUUUGAUUACGACAAUCACCCAGGCUCCAAGAGAGUAGCACAAGCAGUAGCUCAACUCACCGAUGGAGCACUUAGAUGGUGGCACAGAGAAGGAACCAGGACCGUAGAAGAAUACUAUGAAGAGUUUGAGCGCUUGAGGAAUCGUUUGGAGCUUCAUGACGACGAAAAAGCUCUAAUGGCGCAGUUUCUUGAUGGUUUGCAAGAGAGGAUCAACCGAAAAGUGGAGAGACAGGCAGAACAACACAUCAAGAAGAAGAUCACCAACACCAGAAGCAAGCCGCAAACCACUUGGAACACCAACUUCAACAAACCACUCGACAAAGGCAAGAGUGUGGAGAUUGAUUCACGUUUCAAAGCAAGGCGGGGAAGAGGUCAUAUGUCUCGUGAGUGUCCAAACAAUCGAGUGAUGCUCAUGACCGAGGCUGGAGACUAUGAGUCACACGGUGAAGCUGAUGUUCAAGAAGAUCAAUUCGAUGAGUAUGGUGACAUAUCUUAUCCAGACAGAGGAGAGCUUCUUGUCACUAGACGUGUAUUAAGUGCAAUGGUGGAGCCAGCCGAGACUAUACAAAGAGAAAAUAUCUUUCACAGCCGUUGCACUAUAAAAUGGAAGCCUAGUUCUGUAAGAAAAGUUUUUGCUGCUAAACACACAAUGCUACUAAUGAUCUUUAAGGAGAUUUUGAGCGUAGUUUUAGGUGAGCUUGAACUACCACCGGAGAUUACUGAUUUACUUGACAAGUUUAAAGAUGUGUUCCCUGAAAAAAUGCCUGAAGGAUUGCCACCAAUUCGAGGCAUAGAACACCAAAUAGACUUCCUACCAGGAGCAUCUUUACCAAACAAAACGGCUUACCGAAUGAGCCCUGAGAAGUCUAAGGAGUUGGAGAGGCAAAUCAAGGAGCUACUAGACAAAGGAUAUGUGAGGGAGAGCCUCAACACUUGUGGCGUUCUUUUCCUGUUGGUGCCAAAUAAAGAUGGCUCCUGGCGCAUGUGUGUAGAAUGCCGAGCCAUCAACAACAUCUCCAUCAAGUAUAGACACCCGAUUCCAAGACUCGAUGAUAUGCUUGAUGAGCUUAGUGGAGCCACCUUGUUCUCAAAGAUCGAUCUCAAGAGUGGAUACCAUCAAGUGAGGAUAAAAGAAGGUUAUGAAUGGAAGACUGCCUUCAAGACCAAGCAAGAUAUCUAUGAAUGGAUGGUGAUGCCCUUCGGCCUCACCAAUGCACCAAGUACCUUUAUGCGUCUAAUGAACCAAACUCUUCGACAAGAAGACCUUUAUGCAAACUUAAAGAAGUGCGUAUUCUACACUGAUAAGUUGGUUUUCCUACGUUUUGUUGUGAGCUCGCACGGAUUACAGGUUGAUGAGGAGAAGAUAAAAGCCAUCAAAGACUGGCCGGCCCCAACAAACAUCAGUCAAGUGAGGAGCUUCCAUGGGUUAGCAAGCUUUUAUCGGCGGUUUUUUGAGGAUUUCAGUAGUAUAGCCGCACCUCUCACUGCUGUGGUGAAGAAAAGUGUUGGUUUUACCUGGGGAGAAGCUCAACAAAAGGCGUUUAAUACUCUCAAGAAGAAGCUUACCAAUGCACCGGUUCUAGUGUUGCCAGAAUUUAACAAAACGUUUGAAGUGGAGUGUGAUGCAUCAGGCAUUGGCAUAGGAGCUCUAUUGACACAAAGAGGGAAACCAGUGGCGUUUUUCAGUAAGAAGCUAGGAGGAGCUACGGUUAACUAUCCGACAUAUGACAAAGAGUUAUAUGCUCUAGUUAGAGCUUUGGAGACUUGGCAGCAUUAUCUGAUGUCAAGAGAGUUUGUGGUCCAUUCUGACCAUGAAACACUUAAGCACCUUCGAGGACAAACUCACCUCAAGAGAAGACAUGCCAGAUGA